AUGUCAAAUGAUAAUGCGGCUCGUAUUGCCCCAUUAGACCUCGACGAUGUGCGCCGGAUUUCAGGUGCACAGGUGUUGCCAGAUAUGCGCGCGGCCGUUAAAGAACUCAUUGAGAAUGCCAUGGACGCACAAGCCACGAACAUCGAGGUCCGUUUUAAGGACUAUGGCCUAACACUUAUCGAAGUCUCUGACAACGGUACAGGUAUUUCAAAAGAGAACUUUGAUGCGCUGGGUAAACGGCAUUGUACCUCGAAGCUGACAUCUUUCGACGAUCUCACGAGCGUUGAAACGUAUGGCUUCCGUGGUGAGGCUUUAGCUUCCUUGUGCACGGUGGCUCGUGUGAAAAUUAUCACAGCGACACAGAGUGAGGCACCUAUGGGGACUGUACUAGAAUUUGAUCACUUAGGAAAUCUAACUUCCAGCGACAAGCGACAAGCACGGCAACGUGGCACAACCGUCAUUCUUAGCGAUCUUCUUGCAAGUCUGCCUGUUCGACGGCGCGAACUGGAAAAACAUGUUAAACGUGAAUACAAUAAAGCACAUACUAUGCUGCAGGCGUACGCAUUAAUUAGCCAAAAUAUUCGCUGGGCAUCGUCUAUCCAGACGACGGUCAAUGGCAAGCCACCUGUAUCGCAGCUUAUGCUUCGUUCGGCCACCGGACCGAAUUAUAUUCAGAUGAACAUGGCCGCUCUUUUCGGGAAAAAGGCCGGUGCUGCAGUCCAAUCAUUCGAUUUGAAUGUGUCACUCGACGAACCAGCGCAUUUCCAUGGAGUCAUGUCGAAGCCUACGAUGGGCCAAGGCCGCAGUAGUGGCGAUCGGCAAUACUUCUAUCUGAAUGGGCGUCCGUGGAACUGUCCAAAACUCGCACAGAUAUGCAAUCAGGUCUACAAAAUGUUUAAUUCGACGCAGUACCCAUGUGUCGUCGCCAACCUAGUCAUUGGCACGCAUACCUAUGAUGUCAAUGUGAGUCCCGACAAGCGCACGUUGUACGUCCACCAAGAGGCCGCUUUGUUCGACCGGAUUCGCGAAGCUCUGGAAGUUACAUUUAAUCCAAGUCAUGGCGUUUUUACUGUCAAGUACCCUGUAAUAUCAUCUCCCGCCGUGUCCGAGAAACACGACCGUGAAAUCGAGCUACCCUGCAAGUCGCCAAACACGUCAGAAACUCCUCGUGAACUAGCAAGUCCCUCUAGGUCAUUAGAAAUCGAACAAGGAGCUACCAAAUCAUCAGUUAUACCAGAAACAAUCUCUAUUUAUGAUGCCUCAUGGGCGGCGCCACCGUCGUCGUCAACAUCUGGAAUGCACGUGCCUGCAGCUUCGACAGCAUCGCCAUCGUCAGGUGAAAGCUCUAUGCAGUCCCAGUUCCGCCGUGCAGUAGCUAAUUUUGCUCGGAAACGUCCUUCUACGAUACGUGCAUUAGAGUAUGAAGAAGCAGAUGCAGAAAAUGACGAAGAGCAUGCCUGGACUGACGAGGACCAUGACCAUCAUGAUGAUGUUGAACAAAUGGCUACUUUGAGUCACGGGUCGUCAGUUCGCAACCAGCUUUUUUCUCAAAGCACGGUACAGCCGCCGGAAGAGCAGCGGGAAGGCGACUGCGAUCAGAGAAUUCAUACACCUAGUCAAGAGAGCUCGAUCUCUGAGGAGAGCGUGAUGAAUGAGGCUCUGAGCCAACAAGACCGAUUGGGUCAGGACUUGUCGGAUAAGUCACCUUCUACCCAUCGUGCUCGAAAACGAAAUAAAAUACAUGCUUUAGAAUCAUCGAAUUCAGAAGUUCUGUUUUUUGACAACCAAAAUGAUGAAUCUAUGCCUAACACCGAGGUCCAUGGCCUACAACAAGGAACAUGCCAUGCAUCAACACCUCUAUCCGUCGGCGACACUGAUAUUGCAACAGGCGAGCUUGCUAGAAGCCAUGAAACUGUCACGCGAGGCACGUUGAAGGAGGCUCGGGACCAGGCAUGCUUGAAUGCACAGGCUUCAACAAAUGUAUUUCAAAUUGAGAAGCCACAAAUACAAGUGGAUCAUGAGCCUGUGGCUGUUUUGUCGUAUGAUCUUGCAGCUUUACGCCAUCGAUGGACUGCUGCUUCUGUAUCAGCUGCACCUACACCUAUGCUGGGCGCAGACAUCGAACAAACAAAUGAAAACGCUGCGGCUGUAAUGGAGCGCGUUAUACCCAAAAAGGAUUUCUACACAAUGCGUGUCGUAGGUCAGUUCAAUUUGGGCUUUAUUAUCGCGCGGCGCGACACGCCAUGUAUGGACGACUUGUUCAUCAUUGAUCAACACGCUGCCGAUGAAAAGCACAAUUUCGAAGAUUUGGAACGACACACAAAAAUUUACAGUCAACCACUCGUUGUGCCACAACGCAUUGAGCUAGCGCCUACUGACGAGCUUGUGGCGCAUGAGCAUCGUGAAUGGCUGUCUAAGAAUGGCUUUGACAUUGAUUUGGACGAAAAUGCUCCACCUGGAUCGCGUGUUCGUUUACUUUCCAAACCCGUAAGCAAGGGAACAGUAUUCAAUGUACAAGGUUCGUGGGUUGGGUGA